UGCAGAGGGGCGGGACAUGUAGAGGUAAAUGCGCAUGUUGUUUGUGCGCACAGGUGAGCUGCUCACUCUCGCUGGAGUGCGGAUCGGGGACAACAUGGGCAAACUUCAGGAGUUUAACAUCACGUUUGACAAAAACAAAGACGUGUACAAUCCGGGGGAGUCCAUCACCGGGAACGUGAGCAUCAAAUUGGGCCAGCUGCUGCAGUGUAAAGCCAUCAAAGUGAACUGCAACGGUUUCUGUGGCAUCACCAGUAAGGUAAAUGACACGGCAUGGACUGUGGAGGAACAGUACUUCAACAGCACCAUCUCUGUUGCAGACAAAGGAACCCUGAAAGAGGGAGAACACACCUUUCCCUUCAAGUUUCUCAUACCAGAGACUGCCCCGACAUCUUUUGAAGGAAACUAUGGAAGGAUCAUUUACAGAGUGAGAGUGUUUAUCGACACCCCCCGCUUCUCCAAGGACUACAACACAGAGAAACCUUUCUACCUGCUGCGCCUUCUGAACCUGAACGAAGUGCCCGACAUAUGGGAGCCCAGUACUUCUGCAGUGACACAGCAGUUCACCUACAUGCUGGUGAAAACGGGGACAGUGGUCCUGAAGGCACAGACGGACAUGAAGGGUUACACACAAGGCCAGAUCAUCAAGGUGUUGGCCCAAAUCCACAACCAGUCUGGGAAAUCCACAGGCAACAUGGCGGCCAGUCUGAUGCAGAGAGUGACCUAUGAGACUAAGAGGCCCACCCACGAUGUGAGGACCAUAGCGGAGGUAGAGGGCGGUGUGGUGAAGGCUGGCAAGGAGUCGGAGUGGAAGGAGCAGAUCAUCGUCCCUCCUCUUCCUCAGUCGUCCCUCAUUGGCUGUGAACUUAUAAAGAUGGACUAUUAUGUCAAAGUGUGUCUGAAGUCUCCAGACGUCAUGUUGAUGUUGCCCAUCCACAUCGGGAACAUCUCUCUGGACAAAAAGCUGCGCUCUUCUAAGAAAGCAUCCGCUGCCUGUUCUGCUGCAGCUGAAGACACACAAGCAUCUGCGUCCCCCCCCUCCGACAGCACCACCAACCCCAAUCUGCCCCCUCGCCCUGCCCCCAAACCUGGCCCGCGUCCCACCCCUCGCUCCAGGGCAUCCUCCCAUAAUCCCCCCAGUGCUCCUCCUGCUGAUUUACCCCAGGGAGCCGAGGGGGGGACUCCCAUGAACGAUGGCUUCCCCAACAAGCGCCAGUCGCAGCUGGUGUCUCCCAAUGCUUUCAGCUACGCUCCGGGCCUCUUUUUCGGCGGGAACCAGCAGCACAACGGGCCCAGCACAGUACCCCCUGGGUCCACGGGGGCUACAGCACCUUACCCCACUGAGAACAGUGCCAGCUUAAUGCCAACACCACUCAUCCUGCCUCCGGACUACGGCGCCUCAGCUUAUCCACAAGAGGCUCCUCCUUCCUAUGAUGACAGCUACAACACAUGAAAAGGAUGAAGAUGCAGCAACCACCAGGGAACCAUCGAUUCACUUUGAUACCAAACAGAAUGUCUUCUUGCUGUUUUAGACCAGAGGGAAAUAAUAUCACCUGGUGUAAUAAGGGUUUUCUAAAUGUCAGGUUAUAAGCAUUUUUGAAUUAUAAUGAAAGGGGACCCUGCUGCCCAGUGAACAAAUACCUUUAAUAAUCUAACCAGGUUAUUCUUCCUUCAGCCAAUCAACACUGUCUGUCAUUUUUGGUAUACUUUUGCACUUUGAAUGGGAAUCUACAGAUUUUAUUUGCUGUUAGAGUCAUGUUUUUAGCUGUGGGUUAUUUAGAAGUCCCUCAGAUGGCCUCUGUGAUGUCAAGUUCGGAAGUUUUAUGUAGGAAAACCUGUGCAAAACAUACACCUCAAUAAGUCUAAUAUCCUCAUGUUUUUCAGAAGAAAUAUCAUUUAAUUUUUGUUUCAAUAAGACUGGAUCAAAGGGUUUGAUUGAAAAUAUAUUUGUAUUUGCUUUUGAUCUGGAGUUUUCUAUGUUAUGCUGAUAUGGAUAUUCCAGAUAUCACUCUUGUCUAAAUAUAUCUUCAUAGGGAUAUAAUGCGUGAUCCAGUUUGGCCUUUUAAGAUUCUUUUUUACUAUUGUGCCUUCACACUGUGUUGUCAUGCAGUUGUGUUGUGAUUGUGUUGGUUGUGUACACACCAGACAUACACUUUAAAUGUAUUUUAACAUCACUGUGAUUUCAGGUUGCAUUAGCAGUUCUUGACGUAGUUCCCAUCAUGUGUCUUGAUAAGUUUUUAUAUUACAUUUUAAUAUUUCUUGAUAACGCUAAAUCCUUCACACAUAUAUAAGACAACAUUAUAUUUAUUUAUUGUCUGUGUUCUAAACUGCCGUGUGGAUUUCAAUAAAUCUGUUAAAACCA